GAGAGAUAGAGUUAAAAUCAUGUGAAAGUUUCGUGGAGGAUUUACACGACCUUCGUUCAUCCGAGUUGCCGUUCAGGAAUGACACUACAGAACAGUCGUACCUGUACCUCAAGAGGAUCCUUCGAACUUGUCCACAACCUCGCCCACCACAGUAGGGCUCUUCACUGCAAGGUACCGGUAGCCAGUAACGAGAAGGAAAGGUCUCUUGCUCAGUUCUAAGAACCAUGACUGUCGAGAUGAGUAAUGCGUCAAGCGAAAGCUCCAAUGCGGUCAUUUUUUCUCGUCGGCAAACAUGCAUGGCUCUGCUGCUCUUCGUUGGUGGUUUCCUUAUGUUUCACGAUGUCGAUGUUGCUAGGAGAGCCAUGGAAGAAUCUCGUCCUUCAGAGCACAAUCGUAUGAUCCGAGAAACCCCAUUGGGAGACAGAUUAUGGGUCAAGCUCGCGCAGGAGGAGCGAACCAAGUUUCACGAAAGGCUAAGGCGCGAUUACGGAAACGAAAACUUCGCCAACAUCUUUCUUCUUCAGGAUUCAGACGAUGAAACACAAUCUCAUGGACGAACAAUCUACACAUCACCACACGGUUUGUCCUGGGACAGAUUAAAGCGCAAGCUCAUGAUCAAGAUUCUUGAUGCCAAGGUUGCUGCGAUGAAACGGGCCAGUGGCGAAAAGAUGACGGACCGCCAUCAGCACGAAGACGCGGAGGUGGAAUACAGCAUCAGACGCUUAACAGCGCGAUCCUUGUCAAGUCAUACUGGCGAUGAAAGAUACUAUUCCAAGUUUGUUUGGGCUACUGGUGGGCACUCGUCGGCUGCAGGUCAUGGUAAUUUCCUGCCUGAGGCCUACACGGCUGUCUUGGAAAAACGUGUGAAGCCCAUUUUUGCUUCACUUGGAAUUGAGUUUGUGGCCAAGCCCUAUGCCAUGGGCGGAACGCCAUCGGGUGAAGAAGUGGCUCUUUGCAUUGAACAAAUCUUUGGAGACGACAUCGAUCUGCUUGUGUGGGACUAUGGCAUGAUGGAUUCCAGUCGGUAUCUGGAGUGGAGACAGCUCCUCUACACCUAUCACACGGCCAUGGGAAGGAAUCGCCCAGCCUCCAUUGGGAUUGACUUUGCCGGAGACAAAACCAGAAUCAAGAUUUACGCCGAGCUUGAAGCACUUGGAAUGACAGUAUUUUAUGAGAAUCGAACCAUGAUCAAGCAAAUGAAGGACGCCAUUCCCGACUCUCAGGGCUUGACCGACGCAGAGAUUGAUCAGAUGCCACCCCUUGUGAAGCAGCUCCGUUGUGGUGCCGGAUUGGAAAGAGGCGAACCGGGUUGUAGGUCUUGCAAAUACAACGAAACAAUCUGUCCCAGGCGGAAGGGCAUGUCAUCAUGGCACCCAGGAUGGAAAAUGCACGCCCUUAGUGGUAACUCUCUGGCUCUCUUCCUAACGGAGGCAUUGAUGGAUGCCGUCGCACAACUAGACUCCCGACCAGACCAAGACUGGCAAGCAUUGCUUGACCAGUACAAUGCCGAGGAAGAGGCAGACUAUGCAAGGAUCCUGGAAUCUGAUAUCCCGCCAGAGCUCAGCCCCAUAGCCAACUGGAUUCUUGGAAGUGACGACGAGUCUCCCUUUGGUAACGUGGACAUACGAGAGCUCUACAAAAGACGCUCCUUCUGCCACACAGCAUUGCUCCCAUCAGAUAUACGGUACAAAGGUUUGCUGACACAAAACUUCACACACACUGGCGGCUGGGAUUCUUCUUACGACAAAGGUAUUCCAAAGCCAACAAAGUCGGACCCCGUCCAAGAAGUUGACACAGGCGAAAUGAUAUUGGCGUUUGAUCCCAGGGAAAGGAACAAAUGGUGCCCCGAAACUACUCGCAUAGACUUCAAAGACUUCUACUUCCUUAGUUCGAAAGAAGGGUGGAAGUCACUCACCAUACCCAAUGGCGCAGAGCAGCAAUAUUACGGGCUUGAUACUGCAGACAUGAUGGGUAUGGUCCUCAUGUGUUUGACCCAGUGCGAUUGGGGUGAGUGUAAAAAUGAAGACAUGAGAGACCAGUUUGAUAAGGGCCAUUUGGAGAUGACGGUGAAUGGUGUUCAGGUAGUGGAAUACACCAAGAUUGGAAUAUGCUGGGCAUUGAAAGGAAAGGACAACAGCUACCGCUGGGAGCCCAACGAGCAAAAGAAAUACGAGAUCAGAGCUCGACUCCACAGCAAAGAAAAGGGAUUCUCAUACCUUCGCUUCAGCUCAUUCAUCCUUGUGUGAGACUUGUUUGGGAUGUCAACACAACAACCACUCAAGCGUACCAGGGCAACGGACGAUGUCUGGUGCUCGAAAUUUACAGCUAUAAUACAUGUACGACUACGGUGCAGCUAGGCUAGCAUGACCUCGUUACUGGCGGGCAAACCAUUCCAGAAGGCAGACGACCACCUCUUCGCGCAGAUUCAUUCAAAUGCAGCUUGCACAGAGCAGCAGCUAGUUUUUUAAGAGCUGUCAUAUUCUAUCUUCC